UCUCCCCAACAACCCCAUCACUUCUCUUUCGUCAGAUUGCAUUAAGCUGGAGUAUAGGAGCACGGCUUGAACUUCUGCUCUUCCACAUACACAUUCCAAUUCGCCACAAUGCAAAGAGCUUUCGCAUCCCGAGCGCGGACUUCCGCCUUGAACUCGAGCUCUAAGCUGAGGUCAACAAGCUUCAACCUCCAGCAACAGAGGUUCGCCCACAAGGAACUCAAGUUUGGCGUUGAGGCGCGCGCAUCACUACUGAAGGGUGUCGACACAAUUGCAAGGGCUGUCUCGACAACAUUGGGUCCCAAGGGUCGCAAUGUGUUGAUCGAGUCCAGCUACGGCUCGCCCAAGAUCACCAAGGACGGUGUGACUGUUUCCAAGGCCAUCACUCUCCAGGACAAGUUCGAGAACCUCGGUGCUCGCCUACUCCAGGAUGUCGCCUCCAAGACAAACGAGGCUGCUGGUGACGGUACCACCACUGCCACCGUCCUUGCCCGCGCCAUCUUCUCCGAGACAGUCAAGAACGUCGCUGCUGGCUGCAACCCCAUGGACCUGAGGCGCGGAACCCAGGCCGCUGUUGAAGCUGUUGUCGACUACCUGCGCGCACACAAGCGGGACAUCACCACCAGCGAGGAGAUCUCCCAGGUCGCCACUAUCUCCGCCAAUGGCGACACCCACAUCGGCAAGCUCCUGUCCAACGCCAUGGAGAAGGUUGGAAAGGAGGGUGUCAUCACCGUCAAGGAGGGCAAGACCAUCGACGAUGAGCUUGAGGUCACUGAGGGCAUGAAGUUCGACCGUGGUUACAUUUCCCCCUACUUCAUCACCGACGCCAAGUCCCAGAAGGUCGAAUUUGAGAAGCCUUUGAUCCUCCUCUCUGAGAGGAAGAUCUCUGCUGUCCAGGAUAUCGUCCCCGCUCUUGAGGCUUCUCAGCAACUCCGCCGACCCCUCGUCAUCAUCGCCGAGGAUAUCGACGGUGAGGCUCUCGCCGUCUGCAUCCUGAACAAGCUCCGUGGCCAGCUCCAGGUUGCUGCUGUCAAGGCUCCUGGCUUCGGCGACAACAGGAAGUCCAUCCUCGGCGAUCUCGCUGUCCUGACCAACGGUACCGUCUUCAGUGACGACCUCGACAUCAAGCUCGAGAAGGCCACUCCCGACAUGCUCGGUUCCACUGGAUCCAUCACCAUCACCAAGGAGGACACCGUCAUCCUCAACGGCGAGGGCAGCAAGGAUGCCGUCACUCAGCGUUGCGAGCAGAUCCGUGGUGUCAUCGCAGACCCAACCACCUCUGAGUACGAGAAGGAGAAGCUUCAGGAGCGUCUUGCGAAGCUCUCCGGCGGUGUUGCUGUCAUCAAGGUUGGCGGUGCUUCCGAGGUUGAGGUUGGCGAGAAGAAGGACAGGAUCGUCGACGCUCUCAACGCUACACGUGCUGCCGUUGAAGAGGGUAUCCUCCCCGGUGGUGGAACUGCUCUGCUGAAGGCUUCUGCCAACGCUCUUGGCUCCGUCAAGGCCGCCAACUUCGACCAGCAGCUUGGUAUCACUAUCGUUAAGAACGCCAUUACUCACCCUGCCCGCAAGAUCGUUGAGAACGCCGGUGCCGAGGGCUCUGUCAUCGUUGGCAAGCUUAUGGACGAGUUUGGCAGCGACUUCAACAAGGGCUUCAACAGCGCCAAGGGCGAGUACGUCGACAUGAUCGCGGCCGGUAUCCUCGACCCCUUCAAGGUUGUCCGCACUGCUCUUGUCGACGCUAGCGGUGUUGCUUCGCUCCUUGGUACAACCGAAGUUGCCAUUGUCGAGGCGCCUGAGGAGAAGAGUGCUGGACCACCUCCUGGAAUGGGCGGGGGAAUGGGGAUGCCGGGGAUGGGUUUCUGAUCGCUCCUUCCCUUCCUGAAGCUUGAGCGCCUCGUUUUCAUUCUUCUUAUACCCCCGUUCUCCUACACUCUCUUUUGGUGCUCUCGUCUCUCCCGGCGCAUGGCGCAUGUACACGAUAUUGGGUUAGUACUCCGCUCCUGUUUUUCUCUGGUGUUCAUGUCCACCAUCUGAAAAAGCGUCGCGCCAUGUUGGAUGUUGUUGGAUUUGGUGUACGAUAUCAUGUGUAUCUAGAAAGGGUCAUGGAUAAAACGAGUGCAAAAGCGACGAAGAAAGUGUAUAUUAGCUGUAACGAAUUAUGUCUCUCUGA